GCGAAGGCAGCAGCACAGAGCCAGCCAAGCAGCGCUGCAAACAGUGCCCACCUGCGUGCGCCAGGAUGCCCGACACCAUGCUGCCUGCCUGCUUCCUCGGCCUCCUGGCCUUCACCUCUGCUUGCUACUUCCAGAACUGCCCAAGGGGCGGCAAGAGGGCCAUGCCUGACAUGGAGCUGAGACAGUGCCUCCCCUGCGGCCCCGGGGGCAAAGGGCGCUGCUUCGGGCCCAGCAUCUGCUGCGGGGACGAGCUGGGCUGCUUCGUGGGCACCGCCGAGGCGCUGCGCUGCCAGGAGGAGAACUACCUGCCGUCGCCCUGCCAGUCGGGCCAGAAGCCGUGCGGGAGCGGCGGCCGCUGCGCCGCCCGCGGCAUCUGCUGCAGCGACGAGAGCUGCGUGACCGAGCCCGAGUGCCGCGAGGGCUUUCACCGCCGCGCCCGCGCCAGCGACCGGAGCAAUGUCACGCAGCUGGACGGAGCCACCGGGGCCCUGCUGCUGCGCCUGGUGCAGUUGGCCGGGGCGCCCGAGCCCGCCGAGCCCGCCGAGCCCGGGGUCUUCUGAGCCGCCCCGUCCCCCCCUCCCGCGAUCUCCACCCCCGCCCCUGCAGCACGGAAAAUAAACCUUUGUAAAUGCAAA